AUAAAUAUAUAUUAAAUAUUAAGUUUAAAAAUUUUUUUGAGGAUUCAACGUGUGCUCAUUUUUCUAAAUGUAUAAAUACUUGCCAUUGAAUAAUAAAAUUACUAUUUAUUUUCUACGACGACACUUCUCGUGAACGGUGAAGUCUGACGAUGAACGAAAAUAAAGUCGAUCGUAAAAAGUUUCGUAUAUCCGCCUUUGACGACAUACUCAAAGGUAUCCGCGAUCGCGACAAUUUGCAACUUAAGGGCGAGGAGUAUCUAAUCUUGAAGGAAUGAUGGUGGCGGUACGCUCGAGUGUAAUGAAAAUAACACGUUCGCGAUGAACUCUUGUUGUGAAGAAAGGUCAGAGACGUCGCUCCCACCGCUAGUGCAAUUAAUACCAGCGGUGUCACGACCCGCGCCACCCUGGUCGGCCGACGCGAUAAUCGAUCUGAAGAUGCAGGAACUGUCGUCGCAGCAUUUCGCGGGGAAAUACCUGGUACUUCUCUUCUACCCGUGCGACUUCUCAUUUAUGUGCCCCACUGAACUUAUCCAAUUUAGCGACCGCAUCGCCGAAUUCCGAGCUCUCGGCUCGGAGGUAGUAGCAGUCUCGACGGAUUCCAAAUUCUCGCACUUCGCGUGGGUGACGACCCCGCGUAAACAAGGGGGCUUGGGCGAAAUGAAGAUACCGCUGCUCGCCGACAAGAGCCAUCAGAUAACGCGGGACUACGGCGUGUUGAACGAGAGGGAGGGGUACGCGUACAGGGCCCUGUUCGUUAUAGACAGACAGCAGAUUAUACGCCACGUGACGAUAAACGACGACGAUCUGCCGCGAUCGGUGGACGAGGUGUUGCGGGUCGUAAAAGCUUGUUGCUUCGUGGAUGAGAACGGCAGUCUGUGUCCUUACGGGCCGCUGCCGGCGAAGAACGCCUUCGGAAAACAACCAGACUAUUUUGGCACUUAUUAUACUUGAUCUCGAUCACGCGUCAAUUUGCCAUUCCUGGGAUACCUCAGUCGUGAUAAAUGUAAUUUUUUCGUUAACUACACGGUUUACAUUCAAUUAAGUGAACGAGCUCGUUCAAGGCUCGAAAUGAUCUUGAACAAUCACUCACGGUAAUAAACGUGGCAGCUGAGUGGCGGGAUGUAUGUAUUAAUAAAUGACCUUUCGACACACACGUA